CGUCCGUUCAGAGGCACAGCUGUCUGUUAGUCCUCCUCCGAGGAACCCCUCGGAUCUCCUGCAGACUCUAAUCUCAUCAGAGUCCAAACGAAGCUGCCUUCUCUCCUCCGGCGCGUCCCGUGCGUCUCUGGAUGGCGCUUCUGCCCAAGAUUUAGAUAAAAAAAAAAAAAAAAGGAUUUUCUUUAAGAAAACUUUCAACAGGAAAUCAUUUGGUUGUACACGUGCGUUAAAAUGAAGAUUUGACUGUGCUGAACUUUGGAGCAGCUGAAGAAAUGGGUCCCACAAGUAAAGAGAGGGGUCUCUGCUUACUUUUCUUUACAAUCUGCACAACCAGCGUUUGUUGUGGAGCGAGAUCAAACAACAAGAGGUCUGAACGUCUGAGUCCUCCAUUAGACAUCCAGCUGGAGACGCUCAACUGUACGGCUUUCAGUGUGCGAUGGAAGAUGCCCCGAAGACACGUGAGCACAAUCACUGGAUACAAGGUUUUUUACACUGAAAUGAAGAAUGGUCGUGCAGUUGGUACUGCAUCCAUCAUGGAGGUUCCCCUCAGUUUGGACAUGUUAACCACAGGGCAAUUUAACGGACAAGCCAGCUUUGAUGUGAACAUUGGAAACCUAAAGAUGAACGCUAAGUACAGAGUCAGUGUUGGAGCUUAUGGAUGGGCAGGGGAGGGCAGGCCCAGCAUGCCCAGAGACAUCAGUACUGCCUCACAUGAAAUGUGCAUGCCCCCAUCGCCUCCAACUCAACCUGUAGUCAUGGCGGUGUCAGACACAGAGUUGGCGUUGUCGUGGCAGCAGGGAGAAAGUGAAGGAAGUGCACCUGUUCUUCACUUCCUGGUGGCUUACAUCAGGCCAGAAAUGGACACAGAGUGGACAAAUAUUCGCGAGCCCAUUGAGACCAACUCCAUGGUAUUGAAAGGGCUGCUACCGGACACAGAGUACCAGUUUGUUGUCAGAGCCGUCAACAUGCACGGAGUAAGCCCACCCAGCCACAUCAACAACCCUGUCCGAACACUCGGAGUAUCAGAUGUUGGCAGCGGGGAUUUUGACUUUCAUGUGACAAACUCCAGAACCGAAGAUGAAGAUGAAGAUGGGUUUGACUUUGACGACUCAGAUUAUGAUGUAUUUAUUGAAGAGUUGAAACCAUUUCCAGGUGUCAGUGAGGGUGAUAAGAAGUCCCAGCUCCGUUCACAUCCCGGUCCACCAUCUGGUCAAAAUGUUGUUUACCGUAUGAACACUGCAGACCCUCCAAAUGUCACUGAACAACCUGUUUCUACGACCACCUCGUCUGUUCUCAUGGCUUUCACAGAUUUGGUUUUGUCCGUCACCUCUGAGAUGAGCAGUACUUCUGACACCAUGACCACUGCUCCACCUUCCACCAGCAGCGUUCCUUUUUCCUCCACCCCUGCCAGCCCAACCGUCUCCUCCUGGCAGGGGGAGGUUCCUCGUGUUUACGGCCUGAGCUGUGAUGAAACGGUGUGUCCGCCGGAAAGUUUCUGUCUCCCUGAUAGCGAGAGUGGAGGCUCACGCUGCCACUGUAACCUCGGACGAAGAGGCAACACCUGCUCUGAAGCGGUAGCCAUAAACUUUCCCAGGUUCUAUGGCUACUCUCACGUGACCUUUGAGCCCUUGAAAAAUUCUUACCAGACAUUUCAGAUCACUUUGGAGUUCAAGGCAGAGUCUGAGGAUGGCUUACUACUUUACUGUGGAGAGAAUGAGCAUGGUCGUGGUGACUUUACGUCUUUAGCUUUGGUUCGAGGCAAGCUUCACUACAGGUUUAAUUGUGGAACAGGGCCUUCUCAGAUCGUCAGCGAGAGUCGCAUUGUUUUGGGUCAGUGGCACAUAGUAACUGUUUUCAGAGAUGGCAUGAGUGGAUGGCUCCGUAUGGACAACGACAACCCUAUAACUGGACGCUCGCAGGGUCUGUACACUAAGAUUACGUUCCGCUCCCCGUUAUACGUGGGUGGAUCUCCGAGUAUUUACGGGCUGGUCAAGGCGACGGGAACUAAUCGUGGUUUUGUGGGCUGCGUUCAGAGUCUGACCAUCAAUAACAAAGUUAUAGACAUCAGGCAGUGGCCUCUCGGCAAAGCUCUGAGUGGCGCUGAUAUAGGUGAAUGCAGCGACAGCGUGUGCGACGUGGUCAGCUGUGCCAACGGUGGAGUAUGCUUUGCAAACCGUGCUGAUGAUUACAUUUGUCUGUGUCCACUGGGCUUCAGGGGAGCCCUUUGUGAAGAGAGUUUCUUGCUGUCCUCACCACUCUUCAAUGAAACAGUGUUUUCAUACGCCGUCGUCCCCUGGCCUCAGUUCUCUCAGAGUUACCUCUCCUUCAUGGAGUUCGAGGUGACGUUCUGGCCGUCCACGCCUAACGGGGUGCUCCUGUACAGUGAUGAUGCAGACAGCAGAGACUUCCUGGCUAUAAAUUUGGUGGACAGAUUUGUAGAGUUUAGAUUUGACUGCGGCUCUGGAGAAGCUGUCAUCAGGAGUGAGGAGCAGAUCAGUCUGGACUCAUGGCAUGAGCUGAGGGUGUCUCGCACUGCAAAGAGUGGCAUCCUGCAAGUGGACAGCCAAAAACCAAUGGAGGGAAUUGCUGAGGGAGCUUUCACUCAGAUCAACUGCAGUUCAGCUCUUUAUGUCGGCGGAGUGCCCGAGUAUGAGAACACCAAGAGGACGGCUGGUGUAAUAAAACCCUUCACUGGAGUCAUUCAGAAGCUGAUUCUCAAUGACCGAACCAUCCCGAUCACAACUAGCUCUGCCCGUGGAGUUAAUGUUCAAAAUUCAGCUCACCCAUGUGUGGAAAGCCCUUGUGCCAAUGGAGGGACUUGCAGGCCAAAGUGGGAUGGAUAUGAGUGCGACUGCCCUCUAGGAUACGAUGGAAGGCACUGCCAGAAAGAGUGUGGGAAUUACUGUUUGAACACUGUGACUGAAGCCAUAGAAAUUCCUCAGUUUAUUGGCAGGAGUUACCUGAUCUACGACAACAGAGAUAUCCUUAAAAGAGUUUCUGGUUCCAGGACUAACCUCUUCAUGCAUUUUAAGAGCACAGCUAAGGAUGGCUUGUUGCUCUGGAGAGGAGACAGUCCAAUGAGGCCCAACAGUGACUUCCUUUCUUUGGGACUCCAGGACGGAGCUCUCAUUUUCAGUUAUAACUUGGGCAGUGGUGUGGUUAACAUCAUUGUUAACGGGACUUUUGGCGAUGGAAAGUGGCACAAAAUCAAGGCCGUCAGAGAUGGUCAAUCAGGAAAGCUGACAGUUGAUGAUUACGGAGCAAAGACCGGCAGGUCACCUGGCAUGAUGAGACAGAUAAAUAUCAACGGUCCUCUGUAUGUUGGCGGCAUGAAAGAGAUCGCUCUUCACACCAACAGGCAGUACGUUGGAGGCUUGGUGGGCUGUGUGUCCCAUUUUACUCUUUCCACUGACUUUCACUUAGCUUUGGUGGAGGAUGCAGCAGAUGGCAAGAACAUCAACACUUGCUCCAACUGAAAAAUGUUUGACGACAGACGCAGGACCACGUCUUCCCAGUGGACUUAUUUGUCAACUCAGAUUUUGUUUUUCUGCCACCAAAUCAGUGAAAAACACUUUUUGUUGUUGUACUAAACGAGACCUGAUGUAUCCGAAACUCAAACUGGAAGAAGAACAGUGGCUGUCAGUUCGAGUCACGUUCAUUCGCACUAUAAAUGUUCCACAAAGCUUUGACCUGCCAAGUCUUAAGGUUUAUGUGAAAGAUGAGGAUUUUCAUCAGGACAUUACACAAUACAAUCUCUUUCCUGAAAGAUGAUAGCAACAUUAAUUUCAUUGGUGAAUGAUUAAAAAAAAAAAAAUAUAUAUAUAUAUGUGUAUGAAAGAUAAAAAAAGAAGAAAUGUGCAAAAAAGAGGAAGAAGAAAAAGACUCUUCAUGGCAUUUCAUUCGGAUUGCUGGAAGAACUGUGAUCCAAGAGAAACGACAACAUGAACCUGACCUGGAGCGGAUAGCAGAGAUAAAUAAACUUCUUUUUAAGGAAUUUUAGCUUUAGUC